GCGGAGUACGUAGCUCCCUGUCGGGUGGAUCCCUUCAUUCAUACAGCGGCGCAGCAGGACUGGGUGUCGCCCUCACGCACAGAGGUGACAGAGGAAGCGAGAAACGAGAGAGCAGGAAAACACGCGGUGCGCGCGCCAUCAACUCCUCCUAUAUAUUAUUUUCUUCCUUUGACGAUUUAAGGGCAACACGCAGCUUUAAAUCCGUCUCUGCGCCGGACGUCUAACCUAAUUGAAUAACCGCACGUUUGAAAUUUAAAGAAAAAACUAAAAGGCAAGAAGAGCACAUACGCAGCAACGUCGCGUUAAAUGUUCGCUUCCUAUGUGCUCUACGACACCGUAGCCAUCGAGGCGGUGUACUUCCCCCACAACUUCGCCGCCGCCGCCAGCAGCGGCGCAGACGCCUCCCACGCAGUCCGGGCAAACAACGCCGAAGACAACAGCCUCCACCACAGCAUUCACCGUCACAGCGGUGGUGACGGCGACGGCGACGAUAAUGAUGAGCCUUAUGCGCUGACGCUGCGCGACGUCGUACUGCACCGCUUAACCGAACGCUACGUCGGCCGCGUUGUCCCCUCCCGGGGGCUUUGCGUGGCGAUCACGGACGUCAUGGAGUACUCCGCCAGCUGUGUGCGCGGCGCGGCGGCCUCGGCGUGGCUGACGGCCACCUUCGGCGUGUGUGUGUUUGCCCCCACGCCUGGCACACGCAUGCGAGCCCGCAUUGCCCACCAAAGCGCGGCCGGGGUUUUCUUGACGUUGGAUUUGUUUGUGUCGGUGCCUUUUCUGGUACCCGCGGCGGUGCUGGUGCCCGGCUCACGCUACCACGCGGCGCAGCGCUGUUGGUAUCUGCCUCUGGACAGCGGUAGUUGCGGUAGUAGUGGAGACAAGAACGGACUCGUUAGCUCCAUCGACGGCGCAGAUCCUUUCUCGCGGCAGAACGGCGACAUCAGCGAGAUGGGGGGAGAGUUGUCGUGCACGGCAGCGGCUGGUGCCGUGAGGUCAGCGACGAGUGCCAUGGCACCGCCGAGUGCGCCGCACAACAAGUACAUGGUCGGUGCCGAGGUGAUUGUGAAGGUGGUGUCGUGCACGGUCUUGUCCGAGGAGGCGGUGGCGGCCGCGGCGGAAGAAGCAGCGGCGGAGACAGAGAUGGAGUGUAACGGCGGGGGAAGCGCCUCCGUGCGCUCGCUCUCGACGCUGCCGUCUUCUGCCGGGGCGGGGGCGGAGUUUGGUGGGACGUGGACCGAUGGCCCGCCGCCCAUCAUGGAGCUACGCGGCAGCUUCGUCGGAGACGCCCUAGGACCCAUCGCGUGGUUUGACGACGCCUAA